UUUUCCCCCAACCGGCGUCAUUUCUUGAAUGUGUCAACUUCUGAGUUCGCGACAGAAGCUUCUGACAUUGAGGCAGUGUGAUGCUAAAUGAAGCACGUUGUAGACGUGUUUCGUUCGAUUUCAUGAUUGCACUUUAUAUGUAAGAAAAUCGUUUUUAUACUUGAUAUUUUGAACACGAACACGAUCCAGAGUAAAUUACAAAAAAUGGCAAGUGACGCAAUAAUUUUAUUACCCGAAGAAAUAAUCGUGUGUAUUUUAGAAGUUAAACGACUUGGCUUCUUGGACGUUGUUAAUUUCAGCUUGUCGUGCAAAAAUUUGUACAAACUUGUCAACAACAAUAAUAAACUCUGGAAGACUAAAUUUUUUCAAAGAUGGCCACUUUUGAAGGAAAUGUACCAAAUGAACAAAGAAUUGAAUGAUCAGAUGAUAAACUGGAAGGAAGAAAUAAAAGCUAGCUUAAGUAGUAGAAUGAAAUUGCUUUAUCAUUUAUCUUUGAUGUCCAGUAAACAUUACAGAAAGCAGGAAUUAUCUAAUUCUGAUUUUAAAGAAUAUGAUCCUUUGUUUCGUCCAGAAGAUGGUGCUCAUCCAUCAGCUUAUAAUUUUCUGGUGGAUGAACUUAUGAGUUUGAUUAAAUACCCUACUAUAGCUAGCAAUUUAACACAUAGAUAUUAUGCUCUCAAAGUUGUUCGAUAUAUGAAACAGAAUCAUUUGAAGGAUGAAUGGCAAAAAUUUAUAUCUUUACCACCAAAGCAACAAACUUUAGAACGUGGUGCAACUAUUCUAGCACAAUGGAGUCAACCAGAAAGAGAUGUAUCUUAUUUGGCAAUAUCAUCAACAUUAGAUAAUAUUGCAGAACAAACUAAAAAAUUACUCAAAGAAAAGUAUCCAGCUCAUCCUAUAUUCUCAGUCCCAGCAGAAACAUUUAUCUUCUGGAAAAAUAAUAUUAUUGAUGACAAUCAGUGGAAUGUUUUGGAAUCAAACCAAGUAACAGAUGCAUUAUGCGAAGUAUUAUUUAAAAAGUUAGGAUUUUAUGGAAAGGCUGAAAUGUAUUAUAAUUACGAAAAUUCGUUCAUAGAUCGCGUUUUGGAACAUAGGCGUGGAAUUCCUAUAACUUUAUCAAUAGUAUUUGAAAGUGUAGCUAGAAGACUUGGUAUACGUUGUGAACCUGUUAGUUUUCCAUCUCAUUUCCUGUUACGAUGGAAGGAAACAUAUGGUCCAGAAUCUAAGGAUAUAGAGCAUUUUUAUAUUGAUGUCUUCAAUGGUGGUCAAUUUCUGACCAAGAAAAAUUGUCCUGGAAUAAAUGGUAUUUCAAGAUGUCCAAUAGAAAGGUUUAAUACUCAUGAAGCAGCAACAACAGUAGAGGUAGUAACAAGAAUGGUAAAUAAUUUGGAAAUAGCUGCUCGACAGCAUACUCAUAUGAAUGGCAGAACUGCAAGAUUGCGUUCUGCUGUUGAACUCCGAUGCAUGAUUCAACCAAACGAUGCGAAUGCGAUCUUACAGCUAGGUCGAAUAUACAUUUUGCAGUUUAUGGAUUUAACUGAACUAGUGGAAAUAGUAAAAAAUAUGCAAAAGAAUUUGGUGUUGACAUCAAGAGGACAAGCAAAUAUUAUUUCACAAACAUUUCAAGUGCUUCAAAAAUGCCAAAAUAAUGUACACCCAGAAGAAGAAGUAAAACCAAAAAGAAGAGUUCCUGGUGUAAAAUAUGCAAUAGGAUUAAUAAUGAGGCAUAAAAUACAUGAAUACCUGUGUUUAAUCACAGGGUGGGAUGCGCAUCGCAAUCCAUCUGUAGAAUGGUUGAGUGAAAUGAGCGUAAAUGAAUUAGACGAAGGUGCAGAUCAACCAUUUUAUGCCAUAUUUGUAGACGAUGGAUCAUGUAAUUAUGCGGCACAAGGUAACAAAUUAUUUACCGAUAACAUUAAUUUGUUAAGUCUUAUGGCGGGAAAGAAAAAAUUUAGUACUGGUACUCAUUAUGUACCAAACGAAGAGAAAGCCAGAGAAUAUCCGGAAGAUGAAAAAAUUCGCAACGAAUUACUUAUGCAAAAUGGAAUGGCAUACGAUACUACUCAAUAG